GUUGGCUUUCUGUCAUGUGCUGCUUAUCUCCAGGCAGCCGGAGUACCCCGCUGUUCAGUACGCCUCUCCUCCCGCAAGGCAGCUCGCCACCUCCUCAUCCUCCUACUGCCGCUGCUGCCUUUUCCCGAUAGCGAAACCCCGCCUUCUCCCACCCUCCCUCCCUACUUCUUGGAGCGGCUCGCUGUGUCGCUGCUCUCUGCCGCCAAGCACUCGACGGUUGCAAUGGAGGCUGCUGUCUCGGCGACCUUGUAGAGCUGACCAAGGUACCCGGAGUCUGGGGGUAUCCACCCCACUGCAUAAUGGAGACGAUGGAGAACAACGUGCAGGGUGGAAGAAACUGUGACCCUUAUGUCAGAGUUUUAGGAUGGCCAGUGAAGGCUCCAGUAUCCCCAGUCCCGUGGUGCGUCAGAUUGACAAGCAGUUCCUGAUUUGCAGCAUAUGCCUGGAUCGCUACAAGAAUCCCAAAGUCCUCCCUUGCUUGCACACCUUUUGUGAGAGGUGUUUACAGAAUUACAUUCCGGCCCACAGUUUGACUUUAUCCUGCCCAGUGUGCCGCCAGACGUCUAUCCUUCCAGAGAAAGGUGUUUCCGCUUUGCAGAACAACUUCUUCAUCACCAACCUAAUGGAUGUGCUGCAGCGAUCGCCAGACAGCAGCAGCGAGGAGUCCACCAUUUUGGAGACUGUCACUGCUGUUGCUACGGGCAGGCCGCUAUCCUGCCCCAACCAUGCAGGCAGCGUGAUGGACUUUUACUGCCCAUCAUGCGAGACGGCCAUGUGCCAAGAGUGUACAGCUGGUGAGCAUGCCGAGCAUCCCACCGUCCCGCUGAAAGACGUUGUUGAACAGCACAAGGCAGCCCUGCAGGAACAACUGGAUGCAGUCAAGAAAAGGCUGCCUGAAAUCGACUCAGCACUUCAGUUUCUGUCAGAAAUUCUACAGCAGCUCGCAAACCAGAAGUCUACAAUUGAAGAAGACAUUCAUUCAACAUUUGACGAACUGCAAAAAACCCUGAAUGUGCGCAAGAGUGUGUUACUGAUGGAACUGGAAGUGACAUUUGGCCUCAAACAGAAGGUUCUCCAAGCCCAGUUGGACACCUUGCUGCAAGGUCAGGAAAGCAUCAAGAGCAGCUGUAACUUCACAGAGCAGGCCUUGAGUCACGGAUCAGAGACGGAGGUCUUGCUUGUCAAGAAGCAGAUGAGCGAACGUCUCAAUGAGCUGGCUGUUCAGGAAUACCCGCUACAACCUGAGGAGAACGACCAGCUGGAUUUUCUGAUUGAAACAGAGGGCCUUAAGAAGUCUAUUCACAAUCUGGGUACUAUCAUCACAACCAACGCUGUCGCCUAUGAGACAGUGGCCACUGGGGAUGGCCUGAGACAAUGCGUGGUGGGCCACCCGACGUCUGUUACCAUCACCACCAAAGAUAAAGAUGGGGAAUUGUGCAAGACGGGGAAUGCUAGCCUUACAGCAGAGAUCUUUACUCCUGAUGGCAGUGUAGCAGAUGGGGAAAUCUUGGACAACAAGAACGGCACUUACGAGUUUCUCUAUACAAUACAAAAGGAGGGCGAUUUCACUUUGUCUUUAAGACUGUAUGAUCAGCACAUUAAGGGCAGUCCGUUCAAACUGAAGGUUAUCAAGUCAGCUGAUGUAUCACCCACCACUGAUGGGGUGAAGAAGAGAGUCAAGUCCCCUGGGAGUGGCCAUGUGAAGCAGAAGGCAGUGAAAAGGCCAGCCAGCAUGUACAGCACAGGGAAGAGGAAAGAGAACCCCAUUGAAGACGACCUCAUCUUCAGAGUCGGUACCAAGGGAAGAAACAAAGGCGAGUUUACCAACCUCCAAGGCGUGGCCGCUUCCACUGUUGGCAAGAUCCUCAUUGCAGAUAGCAAUAAUCAGUGUGUGCAGAUCUUUUCCAAUGAUGGCCAGUUUAAAAACCGCUUUGGUGUGCGUGGCAGAUCUCCAGGGCAGCUGCAGCGGCCAACAGGGGUAGCGGUCCACCCCAAUGGAGACAUCAUCAUAGCUGAUUAUGAUAAUAAAUGGGUCAGCAUCUUCUCAUCUGAUGGAAAAUUUAAAAAUAAAAUUGGCUCAGGAAAGCUUAUGGGACCCAAAGGUGUUUCUGUGGAUCGCAACGGACAUAUCAUAGUGGUGGACAACAAGGCCUGCUGUGUCUUCAUUUUCCAGCCUAAUGGGAAACUGGUGACCAAGUUUGGUAACCGUGGGAAUGGCGACAAGCAGUUUGCAGGUACACUUGAUGGCCCUCACUUUGCUGCAGUGAACAAUAAUAAUGAAAUCAUUGUAACUGAUUUUCACAAUCAUUCUGUUAAGGUAUUUAAUCAAGAAGGUGAAUUCCUAAUAAAGUUUGGCUCCAAUGGGGAAGGCAAUGGUCAGUUUAAUGCUCCAACAGGAGUGGCGGUGGACAGCAAUGGCAACAUCAUUGUGGCAGACUGGGGUAACAGUCGAAUACAGGUGUUCGAUGGCAGCGGAUCUUUCCUCUCCUACAUCAACACGUCCGCAGAUCCUCUCUAUGGCCCUCAAGGCCUGGCCUUGACUUCAGAUGGCCACGUUGUAGUAGCAGACUCUGGAAAUCAUUGUUUUAAAGUUUAUCGCUACCUACAGUGACGGAGGCUUUAAUCCCGUCUUUCUUUUUUUUUUUUUUUUUUUCCUGGAUCGGGGAGCAAUUGUUGUCACCCUCCGCCAGGAACCAAGGAGUACCACCAGUAGCUGUUCUUUCUGUUGCCUCACUUUUUUUUUUUUUUGUUUCAAAUCUUGCCCAUUGACGUCAAAGGGACAAGAAAACCACUUUGCCAGCUCUUAUCAGCCUCUAUUGACGUUCCAUCCUGCUUUCAGCGUUAGCAACAGCUUCAGUGCAAUACCGGGACGGAGUGCCAAGAUAAGUAAUAACCGGUAAAACACCAUGUUGUAGCAGAAACUUCAUUUAAGACUGUUGACAGCCACAAAAAAUGCUGAGCUUCCCCCCGCCCUGCCCUCGAAAGCCAUUAUGCUUUUGUAUUGCCAUAGUUCUAAUGAGUUUCUUCUUUAGUAUGAAAAUUCAGUAGUAAGAAUGCGUAAUGCCUGGUGCCAUGCCGUAGUGACGAUCGUUUCAUACAAAGAUCAGCGCCAGCCUUGUGUUCAGCCUUAAUGCUAGCGUACAGUACGAGCUAUCGUAUGGAACUUUCUGCGUAAAAGGCAAUAUCCAAAAGAUGAGCAUGUAAAAAGCGUGAGGAGAUGCAAAUGCGUGUGCAUUGAAGUGUGUGUGAGAGAUAACGAUUGUCGGACAUCCCGGUGUCUCCACUUUGGAGCAGAUGCAGGGCCAAGUCAAUUCAUUUAUCAUGAAAUUUUCCAUCAAGCUGCACAGGUUUCAUGUUCUUCCUGCUCCUUAAAUGUUCUCACGCAGUGUUCGGUGACUUACAGUAGGUGGCAGUGCCCAGCACACCGCUAGUAUCUAAUCAGCCAAGUAGGCGGUACAAAGUGCGGCAUGUAUGGCGUCAAACUUAUCGCCCGACACUAGAGGACUGCCUUGAUUUGUAUCUGAAGGUGAAUCCAAUCCGCUUUUUCCUCUGUGAAUUUUCGCCGCUGGAGGUUCGUAAAAGUGGAAACUGACAAAAAAAAAAAUGUGUACAGUACCGCGUGUCCGUUUAACUGGAGCAUUCGCCCUAAAAAACAAAUACAAGACCUGAUGUAUUCACCCACCACGUGCAUUUCAAGUGAAUCUGUAAUAUCUCAUUUUGCCAUUCGAUCAUUUGGAUAUUACUGCUUGGCAAAUAGUGCAAGUAGACCUUUCCAGUGACUUCCAUGAACAUUAUUAUUAUUUUUUUUUUAUUAUUGCCAUUUGAUCUCAUUUGUUUUAUUUAUUUUUGGGUUGCCAAAUGGAAAUGGAAGUGCCCAAGGGAAUAUUUAUAUAUUGCAUUAGGGGGAACAAAAUGUACGUUUUUAUAAAUAACCUACUUGCAUUUUUUUUUUUGUUCCUUUGACUGUGUUGUAAAACGAGAAAUUGCACUUUUUUAAGGGUUUUUUUUUUAUAUAAAUAUAUAUAUCGAUAAAGAGGAAAUCAAAAAAAAAAAUGUGACAAAGGGAAAUGGGGUAGUGGGGGGUACGCUUAAUUGACCUGUUCUGAAUGUACAGCACUAACUGUUCUCUGUAUGCAACAUGGCCUUAAUCGUAGGCUCCCUGCCAUCUAUGCCAGUCUCGGAAUGCUUCAGUAAUAACAGUGCAACAAUAUCAUUACCCUGCUGAGAACAUUUCCUAACCCACACGGUGCCCGUUUUAAUGCUUGCAAUUAGCGUAAAACCUGACAUUUUUUCCAACAUUCCAUAACUGCAGUUUAUGUUAAACAUGUUUGUGUACAGCACUGAAAUAAAGUAUGGCAUUAACUGAA